CUUCAGAGCCUUGAGGGCGCUGGUGAUAAAGAACUGAAAACUGUACAAGGAGUAGUGACAAGAUUUUGCUAUGAUUAUGGGAUGAUAGAUGACAUGAUAUUCUUCACAAAGGAUUCUGUUACAAAAAGUAUGGCACUGACUGUUGGACAGGAAGUUACUGCUACUGUUGAAGAGGAUAAAACAUCGGGUGGUUUGAAGGCCAUCAGGGUAGAUGUGGUCCAGGAUACAUGGGGAGACUCCAAUGCUACAUGUGAUGCUUCUGAACUAAACAUGAAAGUAUUAAUUGGCAUUAUUACCUCCGUCUCUAAGAAUUGUGGCUAUAUUAACGAGAAUACUUUUUUUGCAAUGAAAGACGUCUGUGAAGGUUUUAAGCCUUGUAAAGGUGACUGGGUGCAAGCAAAAUAUUUUAUUAACCGGACAACAUGGAACAGUGAAGCAGUUGCUGUAAAGCCUUUGAGAUAUAAGCAAGUAGAUAAGGUUCGCAUUUCCAGCAUCUGUGGAAGAAGUGGUACAGUAGAUGAGAGUAUAUUUUUCACUUUGGAUUCAUUGAGACUUCCUGAUGGCUAUUCACCUCGUAGACAUGAUCUAGUGAAUGCGAUUGUGGUGGAGAGCAGUCAGUCGUGUUAUAUUUGGAGAGCUCUGUGCUUGGUGCCAGUCACCCAGGAUGGACAAUCUCACUCUGAUGGAGUCAAUCUGGAUGAAUCUUAUGAAGACUUAAUGAGAGACAAAGGAGGGCUGAAAGUAUCAAGGAUGACUAAUUUUGGAACUCUGAAACAGGGGGAAUCUGAAAGAAUGAUCAUUUUGAUAGAGAAUAAAGGGUGUGUUCCACAGUCCUUAAUCAGCUGCAGAUUAGCUGGAUGGGUGAAAGACAAGCAAUUCAGUUUUCAGAUUCCUCAAAAAAGUGAGAAUACUCCAGAAGCAUAUAUGUCAUCUUCUCCAAUAAAUCAAGAAAACCUCUCAAAAGCUGCAGUUAAUUCAUAUAGUGACAGUGGAGGAACAACACAUGAGUCAUUGAUUAAUACAUCCAUUAUGAAGAAUGGAGGCAUUACAGAAGGAAUUGCUUCUCAGGAUACAAAUUUAUCAAAGACAAAAGAAAACUUUUUCUUGGUAAAAGAUGAAAAUCUACAUAAUGGAGAAAAUGAGCAAAGAGGAGGUGUGGAACAACUGAUAAUGAACAUCCACACUACUGGAGAAAUUGUCAUACCACCAGGUGGAAGAACUUUCAUAGUGAUCAUAUGCACAGCUGUAAAUCCUGGAUACAGUAAAGAACUCCUGUUGCUUGGUUUUUCUGAUUUUACUAUUGGACGCUAUAUUGAAGCCACUGUAACAAGUGAAGAAGAAUUACUAAUAGCACCUGUGGAACCAUAUUCUCCAAGAAAGCCUAAAAUUCCAGAACCUCAGCCAAGGAAGACAAUAGUGAUUGCACCUAAAUACAGAAGAAAUCACAGAAAGCAUUUGCCAAGCUUUCUCCCGCAUUAUACCAUACCAGAUGAGUUAAGAAAAUGUGUGGAGCAGAAGGUAGAUGUACUGACCUUUCAGCCUCUCCUAGCAGAGCAUCUAAAUCUAGAUACUUACAAAGCAAAAUUUUCUGCUCUCUUGUGGCUUGAAGAGAUCUAUGCAGAAAUGGAGAUAAAAGAUUUCAGCAUGACUGGGGUUACUUUGAAAAGGAGUGGGAACUUCUUAGUAUUGGAAGUGCCAGGAGUGGAAGAGGGCAAACCUCACCUGGUUACAGGUGAUAAAGUCAUACUGAAAAGUCAGAUCUACUCUGAGCAUAUAAUAGAGUACGUUGCCUACAUUACUGAGAUACAUAAUGAGGAUGUUACUCUUAAAUGUAAUGCAGACUUUGAACAGGCUUACAACCAGGAACCCAUGGAUGUGGAAUUUGUUCAUUGCAGGGUUACUAACAGGCGAUGCCACUUGGCAGUUGAGCAAGCUCUCUACCUAGGUGAAAAAGUGUUGUUUCCGGAGAGGCUGAUCUUACAAUCACCACAAGCUGUCAAGACCCAGAAUACUACUGAGUAUUGUGGUGUUGAUGAUGGCCUUGAACAACAUUCCCAGCAGGAAAGUAAGGUCAAAAAACUGCAGAACAAACAGGCAAAACGUGGUGAAGCUGUGACACUUAAACAGAGAGCUGGUGAAUUUUUCAAUCCUAUGCUGAAUGAGCAACAGAAACUGGCAGUGAAAAGGAUAUUGAGUGGCGAAUGUCGUCCAACACCGUAUAUUCUCUUUGGACCACCAGGAACUGGAAAAACAUUAACAGUAAUUGAAGCUAUUUUACAGAUACAUUAUACUCUACCAGGUAGUCGAAUUUUGGUUUGUGCGCCAUCAAAUGCUGCAACAGAUCUGAUUUGCUUACGGCUGCAUCAAAGCAAUCUGUUAAGACCGGGAGCUAUGGUCCGAGUUAAUGCUAGCUUCAGGUCAGAAGAGCAAAUUGAUGACAUGGUGAAACCUUACUGCAGCGAUGGUGAUGAUGUUCGGAAAGCAUCAUGGUUCAGGAUAGUAAUUGCCACAUGCAGCAGUGCAGGAUUGUUUUAUCAAACAGGAAUACGGUAG